CUCAACCCCAAUUCAAGAAAAAAAUUCAUAUGACAUAAAUAUUCAAUUCAUAACCACAAUUACAUAUCUUCCCAUUUCAUACAUGUCUCUCUACCUCUCCAAAUAAUAGACAUGGGGGAAAGAAAAAAGUUAUACCCCCAAAAGGAAAAAAGAAAAGGGAAUAAGGAAACUGUUCUUCAUCUUUACCAUCUUUGAACAAAUUUAUAUAUUUUGGUGUAGAAAUGACAAGUUUAUAUGUAUGUAUUAAUAAAAGAUGAGAAAGAUGGGUUUGGAGGAGAAGGCGAUUCACAAAGGUAAUAAUGAGAGAUAUGCAGAAACCACCAAUGGUGUUUCACAUCCUGAAGGAAAGGGAAAUAGGCCUAACAACAAAUAUGUGUUAGCUUGCGCCAUCUUUGCCUCUCUUAAUUGUGUUCUUCUUGGAUAUGAUGUGGGUGUUAUGAGCGGAGCCAUUAUAUUCAUGCAAGAGGACCUACAACUCACAGAGGUGCAAGAAGAAGUCUUUGUGGGAAUCCUAAGUAUAGUUUCUCUCUUGGGAAGUUUAGCAGGAGGAAAGACAUCAGAUGCCAUAGGUAGAAGGUGGACAAUGGCUUUUGCAGCAAUGGUUUUCCAAUCAGGUGCCGCCAUAAUGGCUAUAGCCAACAGUUUCAGAAUCUUGAUGUUCGGUAGAUUCUUGGCUGGAAUCGGGAUUGGGUUCGGGGUCAUGAUCGCACCUGUAUACAUAGCGGAGAUAUCCCCUGCCAUUGCCCGGGGCACUCUCACUUCGUUCCCUGAGAUAUUCACGAACCUCGGGAUUCUGCUCGGGUAUGUUUCGAAUUAUGUGUUUUCGGGUUUGCCCCCGCAUAUAAGCUGGAGAGUCAUGCUUGCCGUGGGGAUAACACCCUCAGUUUUUAUUGGGUUUGCACUAUGUAUCAUCCCGGAGAGUCCUAGAUGGUUGGUAAUGAAGAAUAGGAUUGAUGAAGCAAGGUUGGUGUUGUUGAAGACCAAUGAAAAUGGUAGAAAUGGGGUUGAGGAGAGGUUAGCUGAUAUUCAAAGAGCAGCGGCCGAUUGUGCUGGCGGAGACAAGUAUCAAGGGAAGGAUGUAUGGGGUGAGCUUUUGAGCCCGUCGCCCGGUGUUCUGCGAAUGCUCAUCGCCGGUUGUGGCAUUCAAGUGUUUCAGCAAAUCACAGGUAUUGAUGCAACUGUGUAUUACUGCCCAACGAUCUUCAAAGAUGCUGGGAUGAGGAGCAACUCCCAUCUCUUGGCUGCAACUGUGGCUGUUGGAUUCACAAAAACAAUCUUCAUCCUGAUAGCUAUUAUGUUGAUUGACAAGGUAGGUAGGAAGCCAUUGUUGUACAUGAGCACCAUUGGCAUGACAGUUUCUCUAUUAGCUCUUGGAAUCACACUCUCUUUCCCUUCCUCCUCUUCAUCAUCUCAUGUCAAUCUGGUAAUCCUCUUUGUUUGUUCAAAUGUGGCAUUCUUUUCUAUCGGAAUCGGUCCGAUAUGUUGGGUUCUAUCAUCGGAGAUCUUCCCGUUGAGGCUUCGAGCUCAAGCGUCGGCCCUCGGGGCAGUCGGCAGCAGAGUUAGCAGUGGGGUGGUGGCCAUGUCUUUCCUAUCUAUGUCUCGUGCCAUUACUGUGGGAGGGACGUUUCUGUUUUUUGCUGCUGUUUCCGCUGUGUCUGUGGCCUUUGUUCAUAAGUGUUGCCCUGAAACAAAGGGGAAAUCAUUGGAAGAGAUUGAGAUGAUGUUCCAGAAUGAUAAUGGUGGAGGAAGAGUGCAUGUCGAAGAUGCUGAACUACUUCUAAUGCAGAGACAAGAAUCUUCUGUUUAUUAAGGGAAAACUAUCAAAUAAGCCCCGUACUGUACCGAAAAAGUCAAUUAGGCCCUCGUACUUUACAAACACUCAAUUAAGUCCUCGAACUAUUAAAAAACGUUCAAUUAAGCCCUUUUGGUCGGUAAGUAAUCGGUUUCCCGGUUAAAUGCAACCCGUUUCCCGGCAGCCGCCGUUGCUAGGGUUCGAGCACAUCGUCGUCGUCGUCGCCGUUUAACUGGGAAACCGGUUACUUACUGACUGAAAGGGCUUAAUUGAACCUUUUUUAAUAGUUCGAGGACUUAAUUGAGUGUUUGUAAAGUACGAGUACCUAAUUGACUUUUUUGGUAUAGUACAUGGACUUAUUUGAUAGUUUUCCCGUUUAUUAAUCAUUAAAAAACAAAUUCAUUUUGCAUCUUUGAUGUUUUAAACACAAAUGGGAGUAAUAGUUUGAAGUAAAACAGUACUUCAAAUUUCAUCAAAUUUAUUUUUUUGUUUUGAAUAUUCAAAAAGCAUCCGUUAGUGCCUUCGUCCUAUUUCACUCCCAUUUUGUAAGAUCUCUUUCCUAUUUACUUGGUCAACACACAUAACUCUUAAUCUC